AUGGAUCAGAUGCUUCCUAGUCCAGGCUUCAGCAUACCCAGCAUUGGUACACCUCUGCAUCAGCCAGAAGAGGACCAACAAAUUCUUCCUAAUGCUUUACAACAACAACAACAAUCACAACAGUAUCAGCUGCAACAGUUACACUCAAUGAGUCCUAACAUGCAGAGUAGUAUGCUGAUGAUAACACCACAAAAAACUAUGCAUACAUAUGCACCAACUCCAACGUUUGCAACACCUCAGAGUCUUAUGCAACCACAAACACCGCAAAACAUGAUGUCUCCAAUAGUACAAAAUAAUCAAAUAGCACCAGCAUCGAUAGGUCCUUCAACUCCAGGACCAAUGACACCGAUGACACCAGCUUCUGCUGACCCUGGAAUAUUACCACAAUUACAGAAUAUUGUGUCUACUGUCAACUUAAAUUGUAAACUUGAUUUGAAAAAAAUAGCGCUUCAUGCUAGAAACGCUGAAUAUAAUCCAAAAAGAUUUGCGGCUGUCAUUAUGCGAAUAAGAGAACCUAGGACUACUGCACUAAUAUUCAGUAGUGGUAAAAUGGUUUGUACUGGUGCAAAGAGUGAAGCAGAUUCGCGUCUUGCCGCGAGAAAGUAUGCAAGAAUUAUACAGAAACUAGGUUUUCCAGCCAAGUUCCUAGACUUUAAAAUCCAAAACAUGGUUGGCAGCUGUGAUGUUAAGUUUCCAAUUAGAUUAGAGGGUUUAGUGCUUUCUCAUGGACAAUUUUCAUCGUACGAACCAGAAUUAUUUCCUGGACUGAUAUACAGAAUGGUCAAACCUCGAAUUGUAUUGCUCAUAUUUGUUUCAGGGAAAGUAGUAUUGACAGGUGCAAAGGUUCGCAAGGAAAUUUAUGAAGCCUUUGACAACAUUUAUCCAAUUCUGAAAAGCUUUAAGAAACAAUGAUAUCAUUUAUAUAACGGUUAUCUGUUUUUCUAAUUUCCAUUAUUGAAAUAGAUGUUAUAGAUUGAUUUAUUUUUUUUUUCUGUAAAUUAUAUCAUGUAGGGACAAAUUAGAAUAUUGCUCUUGCUGAAUUGCGUGUAAUUUUAUUAAAUAUAUUUUUAUAUGUUCUUAUAUAUGCGCGCGCAGUAACGUGCAUGUUGUGUGCAUUGAAUAAAUUGUAUACUAUAUUGUAUACUAAGCGCGCAAAUUUUUCAUAGUCCGAUUGAUUAUUUUUAAAAAUUUAUUACGUACGCACGCACAUAUCGUGUAUACACACACGCAUACACAACAUGCUAAAGCACUGAGUAUUUUUCAUCACCAAUUUUUUUAUACAUAAGCAGCGCGCGUGUAUAUGUGUAUAUAUAUAUAUAUAGGAUAAAGCACUUCAGAGCAUUCUGUUAUAUAAUGACAUCAAUGUUUAUGAAGUAUUAAACAUUUAUAAUUAUAUAUAAAUAAUUUCAUUAAUUAAAAUGAUAAACAUAA